CUUUUUAAGAUGCAAAAGGCUACUGAGUCAUGAAAUAACAACAGCGGCGAAAUGUUGGAGUUUGAUUCCAAGCUGUACUUCCGAGUGGCUUACUUAGCUUUUCUUAUUCCUCUAGGUUCUGGGGUAUGUAUCGAUUUGGAUCUUGGUUUGGAAAAUGAGAGAAUUUCAGAUGGUAACAUAACCGCUUCUUCAGUACAAAAUGCCAACACACCAGCCAAGAAUGGUAGACUGAAUUACACAUCAGGAUCAUCAUGGUGUGCAGGAACGAGUGACACUAACCCAUAUCUACAGAUUGAUCUACAGACUCUUCAUAUCAUCUGUGCUGUCUCUACUCAAGGAAAUUCUCUAGCAGAUCAGUGGGUGAAGACCUACACUCUACAAUUAUCCAUAAAUGGGUCAACUUGGACAGACUACAAGGAAGCUGGACAAGUUAAGGUCUUCAUGGGAAAUGGUGACAGAAACUCAGUGGUGAAGCAUGUUGUUUAUGGACUGCUGACAAGAUAUGUGCGUUUCCUGCCACAAACUUACCAGGGUUUGGUGUGUCUGAGAACAGAGGUGUUUGGAGUGAAACAAAAGCCAGUAUGUUAUAGUCAGGCCAUUGGUGUGACCAGCAGAGAUGCAAUUCCAGAUGGCAGCUUCUCAGCCUCAUCAUCUUUUAGUCAUAACCGUAGACCUUCAGUUGGUCGUCUGAAUCUAGAUAGCAAGGGUUGGGUACCAGAGACUAACAACGAUCCUACAGACUACCUACAAAUUGACCUGCUGUAUGAUUAUGUUAUCUGUGCUGUAGCUACCCAAGGAGCUAAUAUUGUUGAUCAGAGGACAACAAAGUACAAGAUUCAGUUAUCAUUGAAUGGUACCACCUUUUACUUUUAUAAAGAAAACAACACUGAGAAGGUCUUUAAUGGAAACUCUGGGAAAAAUGACAUAGUAAAACAUGCUUUGAGAGAAUAUGCUUUGGCAAGGUUCAUCCAUUUUGUGCCAACAGAGUAUUAUGCUUAUAAGACAUUGAGAGUGGAAGUUUAUGGAGUUCUCUUAUCUACAGUUCCAUCACAAGCUCCAGGUAACUUCAGUGUGACUGCAACCUCAUCUACUAGUAUAAGAGCAUCAUGGACAUCACUGCCAGAAUAUGCCAGACAUGGAACAAUAACAGGAUAUAAGUUGUUUUACAGACAGAAGGGCUCAGUGGACAAUUCAGUCAUGGAGUCUGUUAGUGGAGCUGCAACACUAACUAAAGAUUUUGCUAAUCUUAACAAGUAUACCAAGUAUGAAUUUCAAGUUUUGGCCAUUGGAUCUCAUGGUGAGGGACCAAAAAGUUCUGUAACGGUUGGGCAGACAUUGGAAGAUGCACCAAGUAUUCCUUCAAAUCUUUCACACUCCGAGAUAAUACCAGAUAAACAAGUUGGUCCAAAGAUAAAGCUCACCUGGCAUAAGCCAGCAGAAGAAAAUGGAAUUAUCAGGAGUUACACAGUGUUUUAUAGUCACGAUGAAGAUCCUCAUAAUAUUAACACUGAAACCUUGGGAGGAAACAAGUUAAGUUAAACAGUAGAUGUGUUAGGUGGGGCCACCUAUCAGUUCCAUGUCAGAGCUGCAACGAUUAAACCUGGACCAAAUGCAACCUUGUCUGUUGCUAUUAAUGAUUAUGAACCCAGUGUAGCACCAAAUGAUGUGUCUUUCAGUAGACUGAACCAAAC